AUGUGCAUUUACGUCCUUGGAUGUAUUGUAUCUGACUACUUCUCUAGGAUCUCAGUUGCAAAUUUCGUCCUUUUGGUCUUUCUCGCUCUUCGAAACACGCCUCUAGCCCCACUAUCUGGAUCAUCGUACGAAAAGCUUCGCCCACUGCAUAAAACCGCUGGCCACACAUGCAUUGUCACCAGUCUUAUACAUGGGAUCACAUAUGCGACAGCCUGGUCCCAAGCCGGGCACCUUCACAAAUUCCGAGAGCUGGAGUAUCUGGCUGGGGGAAUUGCAGGACUAGCAAUGGUGGUCAUUGGGGCUUCCACCUUUACCUGGUUUGUCCGUCGAUCAUAUGAAGUAUUCUAUUUCAUACACUUGGCUUUGUUCAUUUUGAUCAUUAUCAUGGUCGCCCUUCACCGUCCCAAGAUCUCGACGAAAAGUGUCACUAUUAUCAUAUUCAUCGCAUGCGCAUGGAGUUUGGAUCGGCUGUUCCGUCUCGCAAAGAUCUGUUGGAACUUUUACGGCAACUAUGCCAGUAUUACCCCAAUGUCUGACGGAGCAGUCAGGGUGAAGCUCAGCCGCGAUUUGAAGUGUAAGCCUGGGUCUCAUGCCUUCUUGUGGAUACCAUCCCUUCGACUCUUCGAGACUCAUCCAUUCACAUUGGUCUGCAAUGAGCCAGCUGAGUUUCUCAUUCGCCCUUAUGAUGGCUUCACAUCGGAUCUGCUUAAAGCUGCUCAGAGGCAGCCUGGAAAGAAGUUGCGGUGCUCUUUGGAUGGUGCAUAUGGCCAGAUCCCGAGUUUCAUGGACUUCGACAGUGUUGUUCUUGUAGCUGGUGGAAGUGGAGCCAGCUUCACCUUUUCCAUUGCUCUUGAUCUCAUCAAGCAAUUAUCAUGCAACGAGACUUCAAAACGUAUUGACUUUGUGUGGGCAGUCAAGUCUCAAGCCUCGCUAGAGUGGUUUGGGAAGGAGCUCCAGGAGCUCCGUGAAAGCGGAAAGGUCAACUUGCACAUAUACGUGACCCAAGGAGACCUUGAAAAGUCGAUAGAGGUUGAAAGUCUGCAUGCGGCGGAUGGUUCAUCCUCCGAGUCAAGCGUUCCGGACCCCGAAAAAGGAUUCUCCAUCAACGAAGCUUCGACAAAAGAUGAUCUUCAAGGUAUCCGCAAAGGGCGACCGGAUCUCGAAGCCCAUAUUGCUAGUCUCAUUGAGCCUUGCGCUGCGGAAUCACAUAUAGGAGUAGGUGCAUGUGGACCGGCAAAUAUGCUAAACAUCACAAGAAAAGCGCUGUCUCGCAGCAUCUACGACAGUGGACCGUCCAUCAGUUUCCAUACUGAAGUGAGUCAUAUGGAAUUCCAAUUCUGGGAGGUCGAGUCCGGUUGGUGCAAUGGCUAA